ACAAGAGGCGAUGAAUUAGGCAGUCGGGGCGGGCCGCCGUUUCUCGCUAGCUGUGAAAAGGGGCGGGGCAGAAGGUGUCCUUCGGAACUCACUGCCACCACUACAUCGUGGCAAGGCUUUCCGAAGAAGUCAUCGGGUCGCAGCUCCUGCCUUAUAUUUGUCGUGCUCGGCAAAACUUGUGUGAAAAAUCCAAAGGGAUGAGAAAGCGACGUGCCUGCCGAUACAAUUCGACUUUAAUUGAAUGACUCACGGGAAAUCCUAGGGAGUCCUAGAUGUCAUGAGAGGCGUAUAGAGAAGAGCAUGACACUGAAGAAAAAUGAAGUUUGCCUGUCUUUCCUUCCGACAACCGUAUGCUGGUUUCGUGUUAAAUAAAGUCAAAACAGUGGAGACCCGUUGGCGCCCAUUGCUGGCUGAGUACAAGUCUUGCACCCUUGCUAUCCACAUUGCUUUUAAAGACUGGGAUGACAUCACCUGGAAAGAUAUCCUCGGCAACAGGCUUGGCAUGACAUCGCUUCAGAUUGAAGAAUUGCUAUAUGAAGGUGAAAAGUUUGGCAGAGGUAUUAUAGCUGGGCUAAUUGACAUUGGAGAAACAUCACAAUGUCCAGAAAACUUAUCUCCUGAAGAUCUCUUGGAUUUGGAAAAUAAAGCCAUACUCUUGGGCUUGGAGCAGAAAUAUUUGACAGCUAUUUCAAAUCCGAGGUGGCUGUUAGAACCGAUUCCUACCAGAGGGCGCAAAGGUGUCUGGCAAGUGGAAAUUCCAGAUGAAUUGAUUCCUUCCAUGUAAUGCAACUGAAGAUGUUGAGCCGGCAGCAGCUUGACUCUAUGGUGCCAACUUAGAUGCUGCCCUUCAUUGUUGCUGAUCCUUACACAUGGAUAUCUGGAUUAGGGUUAUGAGGUGAAGACCCUGAAACAGGUGGUUAAAAAGGGGAGGGGAUCACUUUUGAUGCUACGGACAUAAUGCAGUGGUAGUGACCAUUCGCAUAUGUGCAAUUUGAUUAAGCUUCUCAUUACUGGAUAAGUGUGAAUAAUUGUAUGCCUUUAAUGUAUGGCAUAACUAGGGGUGUUUUAUUAAUCAGAUGAGUAAACUAACUGAUACUCAGUUGAUCCUUUUUUUCCUUUCUAGGGUUUGUCACUGUUCCUGCUAGGUGUUCAGGCCAGCAAUAGGUAAUUAUUCCCAGCUAGACACAUUUCUUGUCACGAUCCCAAGAACAUAGUAUUCAUAUACUAUGAAAAUUGCUAAGCGCUUGGCUCAAGUUCCUUUGGGCCCAAAUCUCAUUGUUAGACUGGGUCAGCUUCUUUUCUGGCAGCUGUUCUGUGCCUUCAAAAGAAAAGUGGUAGGAAGAAAUUUAGCAGCUUCUGUUUUCCCUGCUGUAACUUACCUGUACUUGUAUUCCUGCCAGCCAUGCAAUGAAUACUACAGAGAUUCUGUCAAGGAGGACAACAACUCUGUUCAAGGGUCAUCUCAAAAGAUUCAUAGCAAGAAGUAGGAAGUCAAUCCUAAACUAUUCUUGUAAAAGGAGAAACUGUCCUUCCAGUCAGUGCUUCUUUGGGUGCCUUGCCCACCUGAAUUAUUGGUUCACCCCAUCCAAGGAUGUUUUUUGAAAAGUCUUUUUAAUUUGCAGCACGGCAGUUGUUUAAAUAAUGAGCAUUUUGUUAACUAGAAAAUUUUCCAUGAGGAAACAUCAGUGGCACUUGGUAUCCCACUUUUCCAAAGAGGUAGUUCUCCAACACCAAUUCAGUUGGCCUACCCAGUUCUGUUAUUCUGAUGCUUAAUUGAUCAUGAAAAAAAAUCUCACUUGUGAAAAUAAGCAGAGUGCUUAAAACAGAAAGAUAUAAUAUAAGGUAUUUGGUAUACAGAGAUCAAAACAGCAUCUAAAGGACAAUUUGACUAGGCAAAAAAACCACCCUUCUCAUUCAAGUUACACAUUUCUGAUAUUUCAGACACUAACAUACAUAAGACAUUUACACAUGAGCUUUGCAGGAAGGCUCUAGACAUUUGAGUUAGUUGUCAGGAAACUGCUGGUUUUCUACUCAUUUAUCUGAAUAGUCACCUGCAUGAAUGUCUGACUAGGUUUUGGCUUCAGAAGCGGACAUCUUAGGAAAUGCAGUGACCUCAGAUGGUCCUUCAUCAAUCAUGCUUAUGUGCUCCUUCUCAAAUGUGGAAUUUCCUCUGAAUCUCUUGGCAAAUUUAUUUCAGUGCACCACAACUUUGCCAACCUGUUUUGUCUCACUCCAUAUACAAUAAUUGGCACAAAACAUUAAUGGGGAUAUUCACAGACCCUUCUAAACUUUGGUCCCAAAAUCUGUGGGAGUAAUUUUGGAAUACUGUUUUUCUACAUUGAAAUAUUUCCGAUUUAAAACAGCAAGUUAAGCACAACUAAAAGAACACCUUCAUUUGCAAGGUUAUGCUGUUAUGUUCCUUGGUUCAUUUCAGCUGAUCAGAACUGGACAUUCCUGAAACAAACAAAACUGGACAUUCCCGCUGCUCAGGCUCAACAUAAAGUGAUCCUUUGCGAAAAGUGACUUACUCUUUCCUGUUUCUGUGCAGACUAAAGAUUGCUAUCCUACAUGUGUCAGGGACCAACAGAACAACUUUCUCUUAUCAAACAAUUAGUAGCUGUUACUGAAGCUGCAUUACUACAUAACUUUUAUUUCAUAUUAUUGUAAUUUCAAAUUAGUUAUAAGUAUAAUUUGAAUAAUUCAGUAGGCAGUAUAUUAUUGUACUCGGUUCUGCAAUAAAAUGUACUAAAUGUUAAAAUAGUAUAUGGCUGAAGGUAGGCUAAUUGUAAUCACUAACUUUUAUUUCAAACACACUUCUUCAUACAUACAGCUGUCAGAUUAUCUGGAUGUCUGACAAAUACACAACAAUCUGCAAAAGUAUUUUGAGAAAUGAACAUACAGGGUAGAUAUUAUUGCAUCACAAUAUGAUCCAUCUUGGUAAAUCUACUUUAGAAUCCUAUGCAGAAUUACUUUACUUCUAGUCCCUUUGAUUUCAAGGAAUUUAAAGUGAAGUAACUCUGUACAGGAUUACACUGUUAGUGUCUCAUGGAGCACAAGCUCAUAAUCUGUGGUAAACAAGGAGCAAAUCACCAUUGCCAGUUAGCUGUGUGACAUAAUUACUAAGAUAAGUGCUAGGAUUAAGAAACUAUGAUUUGAGAUGGAUCAAAAAGCCACUUUAAGCACUGGCUCAAAGUUGCCUGCCCAAACUGACCUUAAUGUGACAAGUGCAUUGGUUGGAUUACACUGGUAUCUGUCUUGCAGCCAAAGGAGGGGGGGGGGGCACAAAUCCACCAGUGGGAGAGUUUCAGGGCCAUGCUGGUGGAUUUGCCCUGGUGGAGGGGUGAACUGCGGGCAGGCAGCUGCUGCAGCUCUCCCUAAUUUUAACUUGUAUUUCUCAUGUUUACAGUAUUGAAGAAAAUAAGUUACUUUAUCCAUCCAUGAUGAAAGAAAUACAAAAGUUAACCUAGAUAAGAAAGAAGUUUAUUCUUUGGUCACUCUGGAUUUCCCUAUCUCUCCUGCAGAAGGGUGGGAUUUUGGAAGUUACCACUUUCUUUAUCGAUGGUAGCCAGUGUAUUCUGUCACUUUGGGUCCUACUCCUUUGGAAGCGGACGCAGUAUUUGAAGUACAGUUACAGUUAGGACAGUGGUGGUAUGCAGGGGUUCGGUGAUGAUGGGAAGAUCGUGACAUGGAAAUGGCAGAAGCAGCUGCUAUCAUAGGCAUAGAGAACCAUGGGUUACAAAAUGGAAGCAAACUGGCCCAAUGAGCUUGCAUGGCUGAUAAGUCUGGAUACAUGGUUGGGAAGGCUGGCAGCCCCAUCAUUGGUGCAAAGGGGCUGUUGGGGACAGGUGGUAUAACAUGAUACAAAGAAGUAGCAGAUGUGGUGGUGGUGGAGUCUAUUUCGUGCGUGUUGACUCGAGCAUGGUUGGUGUGCUGGGGUAGAUGGAAAGGAGCCAGCUGGUUUAUUUUGUUAUCACUGUCUUCAGGUGAGGCCUGUUCAGACGGCCUCAGGGGGGUUGGAGAGGAAGUUGUAUAUCCACUUCUCAUCCGGGCUGCUAUUCCAGCAAGUCCCUUGCUUGCGGUAGGUUUCGGGUGUCCAGAUUUGUGCAUUUUAUCCUUUGGGGAAGCUGCAAGGAAGCUGUUCUCCCUAGAAUCAUUUCCCAGUGCAGUUUGACCAUCUGGGCUUCUUGAUCUGCUCCUCAGGCAGCUUUCACUGUAGUCCGGUUCUAAUGAAAAAGCAACUGGUGGGAUACUUUUUAUUCCAACUCUUCUUUUGCACCUUGCAAGUAAGUGAGGACAACCCCUCUUAAAAUUGGGGUUAUGAUAGAACUGUAACUAGAAAAAAAUCCAGAGGAAUAAAUUAGGCUUCAGAAGACAAAAUAGCCAAGUGAGGCAUACAAACCUGCAGGUCUCUAUAGAUAUCUUGAAUUUCCUGUCCUGUCUUCCAGUCAAAGGCCCUCUACAGUGGGAUCUUGUUUCAAAACAUGCAUAUUAACCUGGGCAUUUCUCUAGCCUUUUAAUUCUGCACUGAAGCAGUAAAUGUAAAUUAGGAUAUAGCACCUUUCUAUAUCCUUUCACCUUACCUAACAAAAUCUAAGCAAAGGUUAUAGAUUUCUGUUUGUCUCUUAACUAUCCAUAUCUAAGGGGACUGCACUUACUUGCUGACAAAGGAACCAGGAUUUUCUGGAAGCAAAAUCUUGUAGUUUCUGGAAAGUGGUAACAUGUUUCACCAUCAGAGGAAACAUUAAAAAUUGAUGGUAUUUAUAUGGGAAUGUUAAUAUAAUCUGAAUAACAGACAUAUUAUAUAACCUAUUGUGUCUUCUGUGAAAUGUUUAAUUUCAGAAGUCACUUUUGUAUACAGAAAGAAGGCUUUAGUGUAAUGGGCAUAAUACUGUCAAUGUUCAGCACUUUCAAGCGUGUGCUUAUACCUCCGCCACUGAAGUCAAUGGGGUAUACAGAUACUUUGGCUGGAGUGGGCUGAGUCUCUUUGAUCAAGCAGUAUAGAUUUGGUGUUAAGAGACUGCAAUAUAUUUGAAUUAGCUUGAUGUAUAAUGUUAAUCCUGUUUAUUUUAAGGAUCAUUUAAUAUAACUAAAAUUUUAAUCAAUUUUUACAAAAAAACCCGAUUUUACAAAAAAUCACCCUAGUAGUCUUAUAAGAUACACUAGCAUAAUAUUAUUUUAUCUACUUUACCAUAACUUAUGAUGUAACCUGCUGUUUUGUGCAAGAUCUGCUUUAGUGAACACAGUACUAAGCUUAUCUUAUCUAGUAGUAAUAUGUUAUGCCCUUCAUUUGCCAUUAAACUUAGUAAGGUUAGAAAAAAUUAUAUGGGUACUUAUGAUCCUUUUAUAUAAAUAAUAUAUGCGUAUUUUCCUUUGGGAUACAUACACCCACACACAUUUAAAUAUUUGUGCUUCUUUUUUUACCAAGGGAAAUGCAAGGAGGUUUGCAAUAAGUAGAAGGAAACAGUACAAAAUAUAUUAACCAUAAACAGUAAAAUAAAGCAAAAACCACCAGAGAGGAUGGAAUAACAAUAAUAAAACUUAUAGCACAAUGCAGAUGGGGGAGGGGCACUCCAUGGCGGCUGGAGACUACACAGUGAAAUGCUGCAACACCUCCAAUGUUACUCCAGGCAGCACAGCAAGCAGUGGGGCAAAAAAUCCCUGCUGCCACUCAGAACACUCCAUAGGAAAUGACUUAUGCCAUGCAGUGUAAGUUAUCAGCUGCACCAGAGGCCCGAUGGAAGUCUAGUAAGGUUGGCUCCACCCUGAUGAAUGCCCCGAGCUUGCCCCCAGCUAUGCCAGCAUCUAUGUUUCCGGCUGGCACAGCUCUGGGGCCAAAGGCUGUUUCUGGGUCAGGAACUGCAGUUCCAUGGCGCAAACCUGUCUCCCUGUUUACCCUCCCCACUGGCCACUUACGCUGGUAGGGUGGGCAAAUGUAUUCCCACAGCCCUUUGCACUUUCCCCCACAUCUGGUUUGGGCUGCCCAGCUCCAAAGGCUUAAGCCUUUGUAAGUAGAACACACUUUUGGCAAACUCAUUAGGCAAAUAUCCUUCAGGAGGGAGUUCCAGAAAUGGGUCACAAUCACAAAGAAGGGCAUACAUCUAACUUCUAAAUGCAGGGGCAUAAGAAGUAGGCCUCUAAUAACAGUAUCAACUGACAAGUAAAUUAAUAUGGAAAAAGAUGGUACUUCAAAUAUCGACCUUCAAUACAGACUUUGAUAAGCAUUAGCUUAUUCACUAUUCUACAAGAGAAUUACUUAUCUGCAACUUUUCAUCAUCCUCGUCAACUCUAUCCUGACUGCCUUUAUGAAACAUUUUCUCUCCUCUCCCUCUUUUCUUUUUGUGGCUGUGUGCAAGUUUGGCAUUUUUGGAGAAAAAUUAAAGCUACUCCCCUAACUGAAAGAAUUACCCAAUAAUCUCAAGAGGAGAUCGACUGUAUAUUACUGGAUACAAAGAAAAACAAGACAAAGAACUAUAUGCUAAGUAGCAAAAUGUUAAAAAAAUGUUAGAAUGAAAAGGGGUACUAUUUGUGCUCGUGUACAUGUAAACUGCAGUUUGUAAUCAGCACGUAUAGUAUAAAUGGAAGUGUAGUAUUCUAGCAUGAAGAAAAGACUCCUCAAAUUACAAGAUGUUUUGUUUUUAUGGUUUGGAAUUAACAUUGAACUGCUGCCAUAUUGACUUUGGCUCAGUGGCUUGCCUCCUUUAAACAAGCUUGCAAGAAUUAAGACACAUACAGAGUGAACAGUGUCCCAUUGAUCAGGGAAACAACUGCCGAUAAGAAUGUCUUAUUAAUCACUUGUUCUAGGUUAUUAACCAAUCAGACACUCUCAUCCUAAAUGAAUUUGUCUCAUUCAUAUUUCAGUUAACUCUACAUUGUAUGUGAAUUUAUUUCAGAAUUUGUUUUGGUGCAGCUAGCUGGUACUUGCUCACCAUGAGUAAUACACAGAAUUGUCAUUAGUAUUAUGUGUUAACAUACUGAAGGCCAAUAGCAUCUUAAAGACCAACAUUUUCCAGGGUAUAAACUUCUGUGAGUCAUAGCACACUUUGUCUGAUACCAUAAUAUACUUAGAAUUUUGCAAUUAAGAACAGUCUCUCUUGGCUUGAAACCUAAUUUGGUCAUGUCUCUCAUUAUCUGUUCUAUUCUGCAAUAAGACCAAUCUGCACAGUAAAAACAAUGGAAAUGAUGAAUUUCAAGAAAUCUUUACACAUAAUGCUGACAUCUCACCUUGCUAAAUGCAUAAGCUGCUUUUUCUUCUGCUAAAAAUUCAACAAGAGAGGCAGAUCUUUGAAAACUCUGUCUCAUUUUGCUAAAUCCAUAGAGGUUUAGCUGACGAAUGAAACUUUUCAUGCAGUCCGUUUCGAAGAUACGAAGUUGUCCUUUCCUUUCCAAGACCUCUUUUUUGAAAAGUUCUUCAUCAAUCACGACACAAUUCCCAUCAUCAUCCCACCACAGGGAUUUAAACUGAUCACUUUCAACAAUUUUCCAGAGUUUCUUUGGGAAGGUGAGGGAUAGGAAAUCAUUGUCUUCAAGAGAACCAUCAUCGCCGAGAGCAAGCCGGGGUCUUUUUGCCCAGGGUCCAUCAUUUAAAGCUUGAAAAGCAUUUUCUUCUAUCAUGGAUCGCAAGGCAGAGUCACCUGCUGCUGUUUUGUUAUGCAAGGAUGAAACUGAGAUUGCAGAAUGAACCAUUUCAUCUUCAGCUGAAAUAUGUUGAUUCUGUGCAGCAGCAAGGUCCAUGUCCAAGUUUCUCCUCUCACUCUGACAACUUUUUUCAGCUGCCAUUUUUGCUAAUAGUCAAAACAUGUUUGUAAGGCAGCAGUAGGCCUGUUAAAAUGAUGCUGCCUUGUGGGAGCUUCAAUAAGGAGUUCUAGAGCAUCACAAUGAGACUAUCUUGUGUGGGUGUGACAUCACAACACGAACUCUGGUUUCCUAGCAAACGAGAGCAUAAUGACAAAACAACUGGACGUUUGUUACUUCAUUGCUGAAUAAGAGAAAUUAGGACUGACACAUUUGAUUAAGGAUUCACUGCAAUAAUCACAUAUACCAGUUGCAAAAAUUUUGCAUGUUGAAUCCAGGCAAGUUACACUAACAAGUUUUUGUUGUUGUUAACUAGAAUCCUCUGCUAUACUUGAAUAACCAUACUAUUAUAUUUUGUAAUUCAUUAAGAAAAACACGAAUCUGAGGAAAACAUUAUCCGUUGCAUUAAUAUUGGAGUGUAUAAAAACUUGUCUGCAAUAACCCCACAAGCAGGCAAAGGUCUUUCAGAUUAGUCUCCACUCUGUACUCUCACAAUACCAAGACCUCUUGGCCCUUCACGAAAGAGAAAGGAAAGCAACCUUUGGAUUUAGAGCUUUCCCACCCUAUUAUUUAGCUUCAGCUUUAAAGUGCAAGAUGCAAAACACUACCUGAACUCCCUCCUUAACAUAAAUACCCUCAUUAUUCCUAAUACCCUUCGUUACUCCAUAACAUCCUGCAUACGCUAAGGGCUAAAUACCUUGUACACUUUGUAUGGUAAAUAUAUAACUAUCUUUGUUUGAUUUUAAACCAAUUGUUAGAGAGCAAUUUUCACCCUGCCUCAUUUAUAAAGAGAAAGUAGUUUCUCACCCACACUCUUGAUACUGAUUUCCUAACUGAUCAUAAGCAAAUUCCCAGUAUGGGAAAUAAACUGGGAGCACUAUAUAAAUUGUUUGGGGUCUCAUGGCAACUACCAGGAAGCUAUGGGGGGUGGGGCAGGGUUGAAUCCAGGCAAGACCCAGGUAUUGCUGCUAGGAAAGUCUGAGACCACGGAGUUGGGUAAUAUUUCUCCUUGCCUGCAUAAAUUUGUUGCGAAUCUAUCGACUCUUCUACCAGCAAUACCUCUAUCUUGUCUGGAUUCAACUUGAUAAUUACUUAUUUGCUAUUACUUGUUUGCAACUUGUAAGUCACUUAUUUGUCAGCACUUGGCAAGACAGCCUCUUUUCUGAUCCAGACGUUAUCAACUCAUCUUGCAGACAGCUAACCUUGCUGUGUUGAUUCAUCCUAAUGUCAUAUCUAGGUCAGACUCCUGCCAUAUACUGUGUGUGGGGCUUCCCUUGAAGAUAACUCAGACACUAAGCUUAUUAAAAACUCAGUCUCCAUUUAUUAAUGGGUAAGAACAUUUGGGAGUAGGGCGGUAUAUAAGAUUAAUAAUUAAAAUAAAUAAAUAAAAUACCACUUCUGGACAUUUUCUCUGGUGUCCUAUUUUCUUCCAGGUUCAUGUCAAGGGAUAGUGCACAAAUAUAAAAAUUUAUGACCUGGAAUCCACAUUUCUGAAGAACCAUCUCUUCCACAAGUUUGCAUGGCAGCUAUAUUUUGUAGACCAAAACUUGUUAAUGGUCUUUUCCUUCAAAGUGGCACAACCGGGCACAUCCCAACUCCUAUGCAUUUUCCGCAGUUGCUGAACAACUGUGCAACAAUCUCCUCCUUGAGGGUCUCAUAAUUACUGGCUUUAAAAACAGUACUUUAAAAAAAAAUCACAGUGAAUUUGUAUGAAGUUUCUGUGAAACAUUUAGCACUUGAGUUGUUGUGAUGGAAAUAGUGAUUUGAUGUUUAAGAAAGAUGCUUUUAAUUGAUUUUUUUGCCACUUUGGGCUUUAAUAAAGAAAGGUGAGUAGUAUAUAUUUAUUCAUUGAAAGUAAACAAAUUUUGAACCUA